UUAAAUUGUUUAAACAAAAAAUAUCAUUGCAAAUGUUUUCAUUUUUAAUUAGUGUGGGUUAUUGUUAUACAAUAUUUAAGCCAUGUCUAAUAAGUUUUCAAAUCAAAUAAAAUCGAAACCUAUGUUACAAUAAUGGUUUAAGUGCUAUAAACUACAUAAUUAGAAAAGAAAUGUAAACAAGUUUUUCUUCAUUUUUAUUUCCAAAACCAAUAGAAAUAUGGAAGAGACUAUUGCAAAAAUGAAACCUGCACAAAAGCCCACUGAGUUGAAGAAACCCCCGAAACCGUACCCCUUCAACUUUGUGUCCAGGCAGGAAUGGGGAGCUUUAGAACCAACGGGGAAAAUAGAACCGAUAGACCACCCCAUAGAAUACUUUGGCUACAAGUUUUCUAACACGGAUCCAUGCAUAUCGAGAACGGCUUGUUUAAAAAACAUCAAGGAGCUACAGAAGUAUCACAUGUUUGCCAAGGACCUACCAGACAUCGCAUACAAUUUCAUAGUUGGCGGAGACUUGAGUAUAUACGAAGGCAGAGGCUGGUUUCUGAAACCCACUUACUUGGAUGACAAACUGAGGGAAUACGACGGGAAAUACCUCUCCAUAGGCUACAUGGGGUUAGAGGGUGCGGGAAUUGACAGAAACUUUUACUGCAUCGAGAUCUUAGAUAUAAGAGAUGAUUUGAUUUUGUACGGAAUUGAACAUGGAUAUUUAGACGAGAAUGCAAGGUAUGAUCGAAUCGACGUUUGGAACCAGUAAUUAUCUUAUUAACCUAGUUUUUAUACAUGUACUUUUAAAU